UUGUAAAAAAUGAUUAUGGGAGGCCUGCUACAAGAACCGACCCUAUAUUAUGGGGCCUCCUCCAAUUUCGGGCUCGCUAGUUUUGAACGAUCCAUAUUAUGAGAAAUUACAUUCUCGUUCCCUCUUUCUUCACAUUAAUUAGUCCCAAAACCCUUGAACCCUAAACCACAGAAAACAUCUCUUCUGAGUUGCAUCAAUGGAGGAACAACGAACAACGAAGAGCUUCCCCGUGAAACCCAAAGUGAAAACGAAACCUAGAACUCCAAAGCAAACCCCAGAAUCAAAGUACUGGUCUUCCUUCAAGACUCAACAAAUCCCAAAACUCAUCUCAGUCCCUUCCCUCACCUUCUCCCCAACUCAACCUCACUCCUUCGCCGCAGCUCAUUCUGCUUCACUCUCCAUCUUCAGCUCCCAAACCCUAACCCCAACCUCCACCAUCUCCUCCUUCUCCGACUCCGUUUCCUGUGCCUCCUUCCGCUCCGACGCCCGCCUCAUCGCCGCCUCCGACCUCUCCGGCCUCGUCCAGGUCUUCGACGUCAAGACCCGCACCGCGCUCCGCCGCCUCCGCUCCCACACCCGCCCCGUCCGGUUCGUCCAGUUCCCGCUCCUCGACAAGCUCCACCUCAUCUCAGGCUGCGACGACGCCCUCGUCAAGUAUUGGGAUGUGGCGGAGGAGACUCCGAUUUUGGAAUUGCAGGGCCACAAGGAUUAUGUCAGGUGCGGCGAUUCAUCCCCUGUUAAUGCCGACAUGUUCGUUACCGGUUCCUACGACCAUGUCGUCAAGCUCUGGGACGUUAGGGUUAGGGAUUCGAAACCGGCUAUGGAGGUGAACCAUGGGAGUCCCGUGGAGGACGUGAUUUUCUUGCCGUCGGGAGGGAUGGUUGCGACGGCCGGUGGGAGCUCCGUGAAGCUCUGGGAUUUGAUUGGUGGCGGGAAGCUUCUGUUUUCAAUGGAGAGCCACAACAAGACGGUGACUUCUAUCUGUGUGGGUCGAAUUGGGAAGGAUUCUGGGGAGGAAUCUAAUCAAUUUAGGAUUUUGAGUGUGGGUUUGGAUGGGUACAUGAAGGUGUUUGAUUAUGCCUCAAUGAAGGUUACACAUUCCAUGAGGUUCCCUGCACCUCUUUUGUCUGUUGGUUACUCCCCAGAUAGUUCUACAAGGGUGAUUGGGACUUCUAAUGGGAUUAUCUAUGCUGGGAAGAGGAAGACAAAAAAGGAAAAUGAAGAUGAAAAUGAAAAUGGGGUGAGUGAGUCAAGUUUGUUUUGGAGAAUUAGGCCUGUGGAGCACACGGAGAGGCAAGUCUUCAGGCCUUCACAUUUUAGGUAUUUCCAAAGAGGGCAAGGAGAGAAACCUUCUGAGGGAGAUUACUUGGUAAUGAGGCCUAAAAAGGUGAAGUUGGCUGAGCAUGAUAAGCUGUUGAACAAGUUUAGGCAUGGGGAAGCUUUAGUGUCUGUGUUGGAAAGUAAAAACCCUGGGAAUGUGUUGGCUGUGAUGGAGGAAUUGGUGGCUAGGAAGAAAUUGCUGAGGUGUGUUUCGGAUUUGGAUUUGGAGAAGCUGGACUUACUUUUGGUGUUUUUGCGUAAGUAUUGUACCGUGCCCAGAUAUUCAAGUUUGUUGAUGGGAUUGACAAAGAAGGUUCUUGAAAUGAGGGCUGAUGAUAUUGGAGCUUCUGAAGCCCUCAAGAAUCAUAUCAGAAAUCUCAAGCGGUCUGUUGAGGAGGAGAUACGGGUUCAACAGUCAUUGCAAGAGAUACAGGGUAUAAUUUCUCCUUUGUUGAAGAUUGCUGGAAGAAGAUGAAAUUUUGGCCUUCUCUUCUCAUCUAUGAGGGUAGGCUUGGUUUGACUGGUAUUUUUACACUUGCAUCCAUCUUGCACUCUUUGGAUAUUUUUGCGGAGGACCAAAAUUGAAUUGAAUUUCCCGUGUAGCUAUUUUCACCGGACUU